AUGUUCGCCGACAGCACGUUGAUGAGCCCCGACUUUGACGAGGAGGCGUACCUGCGCUACGCCCUCCACGCCUCCAACUGCCAGGCUGAGCAGGCGCGUCUCGCGUCCUGCGCCAAGGCCGUGCGGGAGGAGGUGCACAAGAUACUCUCGGAGAACGCGGAGGACAUGCUGCAGCAGGUCACGGCCGCCUGCCGAGCGCAGCGCGACGUGGUGGCGGUGCGGCAAGCCACUGCCUCCCUCGUGAGCUCCACGAGUAGGCUGCGGCACACCGUGCAGGAGCCGUACCGUGUCAUCAACGCGAACAUCACAAAGUUGCAGAACACGAGCCUCGCCUUAACGACAUUGCGGAGUGUUCUGAAGUUUGUCGGCCUCACCACGCGUCUGAAGAGUCAGCUCCCGCAAGACCUUGCCCGGGCCUCUCGCACGCUGCGGGAGGUGGAAGAGCUUCUUCAGAUCAGUGACCUCAAGGGGAUCGAGGUGGUGGACGCCCGCAUGGACGCCGUGGAGCGCGCGGCAGUCACCAUUCGCACCAAGGCCCAGGAAAUGCUGCGGCGUGGGGAUGCGCAGGACGCGUCGGGUGUGGCCAUUUCCUUGCAGUGCCUCUUUACUCUGGGGAGUCUUCCUCGGGUACUCGGCACCCUCAUGACGGAGCAGAAGCGUGAGGUGAUACGCACGCUGAUGCGGGAACUGGACCUGCAAUCCAUGAUCGACGAGGCGAGCCAUGGAACCGGCACCACCGCCAACGAUGCCAACCUGCGCACGCGUGAGGUUCUCUUCACACACAUCAAAUCAGCCCUCGCGAGCGUGUCGCAGCACACCCAGGUGGUGGUCGCUGUCUGGCGCGUCCUGGUGAAAAGGGCGGAUCCCACCACGCACACGCCGUACCUUAGCGCAGUGGAAAACCCGACCCUGAUGCUAGGUGAUUACUGGCAAGUUGUCAUGGAGAAGCUCAGGGAGCGGCUACAGGCAGUUCAGAAGCGUCCCAGCUUCCUCGCAGCCCUGGCCGCGGACGUGAUGCACUACCAGAGUCUACUCAACGGAUUCCUAGGCGGCAUGGAUGGGCUCCUGCAGAUACUGGAUCGCCUUGUGGAGCAUGACGCGGUUGCGGCGAAGCAAACGACUGCUGGGUCAUCGCCAUUUGCCAAAAAAUUACCUUCCACUUCUACUAGCGCUACUGCCGCUGCCUCCGAAGGGUUGAAGCGGGUUUGGCUUUCCCAGGUCACGCAGGAGGUGGAUGAGCGCUUUGCCGCGCAAGUGCUAGACCGCCAUCGUGAGCGACUGCAUCACAUACUCUCAAGACUUCAGUCUAUCCUUCCAACCGCGGGCGGGCGCACGACGGUAAGUGUCGUUGUUGAUCUUCAACGACCCGAGGUCCCUGCGGCAGCCCGUGCCUUGGAUACACGCGCGUACACCAUCUUGGCGACACAGGAUGUGGCGAUGUACCGGCAAAAUCCUCACACGCUUUCCAUAGUGUUGGACUGCAUCCUCCAGUGUCUCACCGCCUUUAUGCAGCCAGUUACGGGGGCGACGGGGAAAUGGCCACUUCCGCCACUUCCCGCUGUGUCUGGUGAGGCGACUGUGUCGCAGCUGCUCCACAUUUGCGUCAGCAAUGCAUGUACGCUGCUUUGUAAUGAUUUGACGGCGUUACUGGCGUCGCUCCCAGAGUGUGAGCUCUUUGCCGCGGGUGCCAUUAUGAACGGGCGAUGGGCUCCCACCGGCCUGGGAGGCGAGGAGCUGGAGGAGAGGCAGACAGCUGCCUCCAGUGAGCAGGAAUCGGUGCUGGACAAGUACCACCAGCUCCGUGGUUUUGCCAAGGAGUUUACGUCCAUGAGUGAGCAGGUUGUGCAGCCCUUCUUUAGGUCUGCGGCGGUGCUGCUUCUGGACUCCGUUUUAAUGUGCGUGGACGGGACAGCCGAGCAGGCGGCGGCAGGCGUAGGACAGCUACAUAGCCAAAUGCGACACUUCAUGUCUCACUUUUAUUACCUGUUUGAGCCACAAACUCCCACGUUGGAUGAACAAUCCAGGCGACUCACAAAUAGACUCCUUGCGAGACUCAUCGUUGCUGUCGCUUUGGUGUAUCCCUUUACGACAAGCACGCAGCAGCACCUGGUGAACUGCCUGCAACAAAUUACACGCGUGGUGCUGUCCUUUGGGCCGGCAUUUACGCAUGGAACAGUUGCUCGCAGCACCAUGGCGCUGAAGGGGCAGCUGCAUCAACUGGCAGUGUGGUACAGCCUGCCGGAGGAGGUGGGCGAGAGGCCAGUGGGGGAAUGGUACAACAUCCUGCAGACACUCCCCCCCAUCGUGACCCGCUUGUUGCUGCUGCAGCGCGUUCUUCGCUCCUCCAGUAAGGUCAAGAAGCCAUACACCUCAAUGGGACUGACUUCAGGAGGGUUUAUGGAGCUUCUGGAGUCUAUCGUGCUGGAGCAGCUCCACACCAACGACGUUCCACCACGCGCCCUCGCCGACGCAAGUGGCGGAUCGCCAGAAUUGACGAGGUUGGGGGAGGUGUUGGGCGCCGUGGAGCGGUGCUUCCACGAGACCGCGGCGGCGUCGCGUGAAGACGCCGUUCGAGGGCCGACCACGCAGUGGAUGGAAAACCUCUGGGCGCUGCUGAAAGCCUGA